GCCGUUAGUGGUUGCUAUGGAUACGAAACCACUUGCCUAUGAAAUUCGUUUUCUUGAAAACUCGGACUUGUAAUAGCACUCUCUCGUAUUCUUGAAUUAAAAUGAGCGAAAUUGGAACCUUAGAAAUUAGCUGGAUUCAAGGAUUUACAAGAGACAAUGUCGAAUUUGUGGAUAACAAUACAGUGUGUUACGCGUGUGGGAAUCAUAUAUGCUUCCUAAACCUGGAGACAAAAACACGGAACGUAUUUCCGAGUCCUGGCAGAAGCGUCGGUGCGCUGACAACUGACUGCAGAAGUGGAACGUUUGCUUUCUCUGAGAGAAAAUUGGAUCCGUCUAUAUUUGUGCACACUUUUCCGGAAUUAGAGUUGAAAAAUGAACUGAAAGGAAAUACGCCACUGGACUAUACAUCUUUGACAUUAAGUGAUGGAGGGCCUUAUUUGGGCUCCUGCUCGUCGUUUCCUGACUACUCCAUCACAGUGUGGAACUGGGAAAAGGCUGAGUUGCUCUGUACACAGUCUCAAGGUGGACGGGAUGUCAUUUAUUUGGAGUUCAACCCCUUGAAUUGCCUCCAGCUUUGUGCUUUGGGCACCACAACCCUCACUUUCUGGAACAUAGAGAGAUGUGGGUCUUUCCAUUUGUUGAAACCAAGUGCAGUACAGCUUCCAGAAAUCCCGGUCUCCUCUUCAGAGAAACCAACUCCCACUUUCACAAAGGACCCAAACUGCAUUUCUCAAAUUCUGGCUGCCCUUUCAGAGCAUAAGGAAGCCCCAGUAACACCAUCUACCAUAUGCUGGACAGCCACAUCACAACUUUGUGUGGGCUGUGCUGAAGGCUAUCUCCUUCUUGUUGAUCCCGAGAGCCUCUCUGUUUCAAUCCUUGUUGACCCUAAAGCUGCGAAUGCCAUUCCUGAGCUCAAAAGCUUCUAUUUUCAAGCUACAGCCCUUUAUGGCAAUGGUCUUAUUGCAGUAGGAAAGGAGAGUGUGAUGCACUGUCUGCAGAGCGAAAAGAAUCAAGUAAGCAUCAGACAAACUUGGCAGUUAGAGAGACCUGUUACGACUGCAGUGGUCUCCCCCAACAAAGACGCACUGCUUCUGUCCGCCAAUACAGGGCAGAUCUAUGUGCUGAAUACAGGAAAGUCAGACCAGAUUGAGAAGAUCUUGGAUGUUCACAAUAGCAGCUUUGUGACAGCUGCCUUGUUCUCUGACAAGAACAUUUGUGUGUCAUUAAGGGAUAGUGGCAUUCUGCAGCUGUGGUCCUCCGGUGGCACCUGCCUCGCCUCCCUGCCCCUAGAAACAGAGGUGUUAAACAUCACCUGCUGUCCCAUUGCACAUUACGCCGCUGUUGGAACAGCUUCAGGAAAAAUCCUUUUCAUUGACUUGAACUUUGAGAAGCAGCUUCGUCUGGUGCACAAGAUUGAUCUCUACCACACUGCUGUGGAUCACCUAGUUUUUGAUCAAGAAGGGUGCUACCUUCUCUGCAGUGGAUUGGAUUCACAUCUUUAUGUACUCGAUGGAAGGCCAUCAGCAAAGUUUAAAGUUCUAGGAUACGUCGAGGUUCCUGGCAGAAUUUUGUCACUUUCCACACAAUGCCACGCCCGUGGUGAGGACGUGAAAGCUCUUGCUCUCUGUGGUUCACAGGAGGAUAAAAAGAAUGAGGGGAGCUGGCUGCUGAUGUUUUGUCUACCUUUCAAGGGCAUUGGAGGUUCUUUUUCUGUAGACCGCCAAGGUUGUCUGCACAUUCCCAAAAUAUUCAAAUUCAAAGUGCCAGCUCCACUGACUUCCUGCGUUCUUGGGAUCGGUGAGGCCUUUGGUUAUUGCCACAGAAGCAAAUCUCUUCAGCGAUUUCAGUUUUCUGAGGACACAUUUAGUAUCUUCAGCAAAAAGAAGGUCACUCUAAACCCAAAGGAUGAAGUUAAUUUUCAGCUGCCCGGCUGCGCCACUCUUCUUUUGUCUCCUGACUGCAUGUUGCUCGCCUCUAUGGGACGACAAGGUGUACUACAGCUCAGAUCAACCUCCUCUAUGGAGCUCUGCUGUCAGCGGCGGUGUCAUUCAAAACGCCUCGGUGGAAUUCGGAGUGUGUCCUUCUCCCCAGACAGUCUGAAAGUCGUCACUACUGGCGUAGGCGAUGGCUCCCUCCUCUGCACUGAUAUCAGAGCUGAUGAUGAAUAUAUGGCUGCUUACAAAAAACGCCAGAUUAGGGCUCAGUCCAUAAGGACCUCAUUCAUUUCUGAAAACCCCAUCCUGAUUAACCUUCCUGUGCAGGAAGAGGAGACUUCAGUUAGCAGCAAGAAAACGGAGGAAACCGAGUUCGGCCUAGAUGCGACAGAUGCUUUACAGUUCGGCCUAGAUGCGACAGAUGCUUUACAGUUCGGCCUAGAUGCGACAGAGGAAGAUGAGCAUUACCUUCCCCCUGCUUCAACCUCCACGUGGUUGGAAAAAAGACACGAAGAAAUUGUGAAGGAAGACAACAAAGAGCAUGCAGAAACUAAGAAAGAGCUAAGAGAUACCAUGAAUGAGUUACGGGAGGCUGUUCAUAAAAUGAUGCUUGAGAAUGAAAACCUCCCAAUAAAACAGUUUAACUUAGAUGUGGAGGAGCAGAAGAGACUGGACGCCAUGGCGGAGGAGGAAGCCCAGAAGGUAAAGGCUGAAAUUGAGCAGGAUAUUCUAGAAAAGCAGUUCCAACGAGACGUCCUGAAGAGAGAAUGCUGGGAUUCUAUGUUGGUCAAACCCCGGAGCAUCAAUGCAUUCCACUCUAAGUUAGCUGUGCAGAACUAUCCCCUCAAAGAGCGAAGAGAGAAGGAGUUGGAGGACAUCAGCAGGGUUCAAAAUAUGAGGGCGAUUGAAAAAGCUGCAAGCAAACUGAUGGGCCGGAAGAAGGACAGCAGCAAACCAGAGGAAGGCCAUGUGGCAGAGAGUGCAGACAAUGAAAAACUCUCAGUUCUGUUAGCAUAUGCCAACAAAUACCUCUACGACCAGUUCAGCAUGCAAACUGUCGAACAGCGGGUCAACCAGAUCAUACUGAUACAGGAUUUGAUUUAUAGUAUCAAGAUGGCUUUCAACUCCGACUUCGAUGCCCUGUUCAAGCGGAAACUGAAAGAGAUCAAAAUAGUGGAGGACAGGAACAAAAACAUCAGGGACAUCAUGCUGGAGCUGCACAUCGAGGAGGAGCUGUGGGAGCCCCGCCUGACCGACAUGGAGUGGCCAGAGAGGCUGUUAAUCGUGGAGGACUCUGAGAUUAAAGCGGAGAAAUACCUCACCCCAGAGCAGAAAGCAGAGGAGGAGAGGCUUAGGCUGGAGAGGGAGGCCCGCCUGGCUGCACACAAAGACGACAGCAGGGAGAGAGCUCUGAAAGACAUGAUGGACGGAGUCCUUGAAGUGAAAAAAGUGGACAUUUUAAAAGUGGAAAUAUUUCCUCCUGAGUUUUCUUUGACCAAACCUCCCAUUCAGUGGAGUGAAGAGGAGAAGAAACUCUUCAAAGAAUAUGAAAAGAACUUUAAAGAGCUCACAGAGGAGAAGGAGAAAUAUAAACGGGGAUUGGAAUUUGAGAUGAAAAAGCUGCAGGAAAUAAUCAAAGAGUCAACAGAUAAGUUUGAUGAGUCACUCAUAAAGCUGUUUGAGAAGAAAGUAAAGUUCAUGGCUGCUAUAUAUCAGGAAGAGCUGAAAAUCACCUAUCUUGCCCAGUCGGUGCGCAAGGUGGAGGAGAUGAACCGGCAAGAGCAAGAGCUCAAGCUCAAACUUGAACAACUGCUGGCACAAAAGGUAACGACAGAGAAAGACCUGAUGGGAUACAAGGACAUGGUGGAACAGUUUCAGUUCGAGUAUGAGGACUUUGUAGCUGAAGACAAAAAUCUCGACAGCGAAUUCAGGAAAGAGUUUGCUGAUCUACCAAAGUAUGUGACUGAUCAACUUUACAAACUGUUCAAGCGUAGACCCAGGAUUCAAAGGAGGGGGACGCAGUCUGUAGAUGACUCCAACGUGUUCAGGCAGCACGGUCUGAACACCCCCGCUCCUGAUGGACUCAGUCAAAUACUCGCCGGCAUGGAGGAGAUGGAUGCUCCGGAAAACAUGCCAAAAGGAGUGACCCAGUCUGUCUGGGAGAAAUUUUGUGCUGUGCGCAAAACAAAAGUAGAGAGUGAACAAAAGAUAAAAGUAAACGGUUUGGAGCUUGCCGAGAUGCAGGCCUUCCUGCAGAGACGGUUAGAUGAAGAUUAUGCUGCCCAAGAAGAAAUUAAGCAGCAUUUUGAAGAACUCCGAAGCCUGAGGAACAAGAGGAACCAGCAUCUCAUGAACCCUAUGAUCCUGGUCGUCCUGCCACAGGGACAGGUGGAGACGUCCUCUGUGGAUCUGACUGCUGAAACAGCUGAGACUGACUACAUCCUUAUCAACAGAAGCGUGGUGGACAACCUCAAAGAGAAAAUCAGGAAAGUUGCAGAGCAGAAGAUAACCUACAUGGAGGCACGCUGCGAGGUCCGUAAGGACAUCAUCCAGCUGGAGUGGCAGCACCGGGUGUUGGACAAGAAGAUAGAGGACUUACAUGAACAGAAGAGAGACAUCAAGAUGCUUCGACUCUCAAAGGACGAUAUGGAAUGUCUCAGCAAGAAGGAUCCGAACACUCACGUGUUGGAGAAAAUUUCUAAGAUGGAGAAAAGUAUUGAUUUCAUGAAACGGACCCACAAAAGGGCCAUUCACCGGCGAAUGAAAAAGUUAAAACAGCUUAACAAAAAGAUAUCAAUGACAGCAGACAGCAGUACUGCUAUAAAGAAGAAUCUUCCUGAGAUGGAGACUUCUGUGGCAGAGCUGAGACACAUUUACGAAGCCGCAGCUACCGAGGAAAAUGAGGCAGCGGAAAGAGACGAGCGCUACCAGGAGAUUCUUCACAGGCGCCAACUGGAGGAUCUCGCUAGGGCUAAGUCGGAUGAACUGGACCUCCUCCGGAAGGAAGUGGAGCGUCUGGAAAGGAGGAAUUUUCCCUCACUCGAUCAGUUGAAACACAACUAGCGGACAACACUAGUUGUUGUAUUUGAGCUGUAGCUUAUUCUAACGAUCUUGGAAGUGCCUGAAAAUUACACGUGUUCGCGAUGUUGAGACGUUUGUCGUGUUUACGUGUUGCUCUAACCAUUUCUCACUUGUACUGCUUCCAGGCACAGCUGCCUUUGUGUCAUUUGUUACCACAUAGUUUAUUUAUUUAUACAUUGAUUUGCUAACAGAAUAUUUAGUGUUAUUUUUGCUGUGAACAAGAGCAAGCACUAACAAUAAAUGAGAUGAAUUGUGUUAA